AUAUCCUCUCUCUCUCUCUCUCUCUCUCUUCUCUAUCUCUGCUUCCAGAAGUGGGAAAUAGGCGAUGGCUGAAAAUUCAGAAGCUAAUGGAAGCCAAGGAUCAGUGGCUUUGAACGUCGGAGACAUGGAUCCCAAUGUAGAUUCCGGCUGCUUCGUCUCUGUCCCUUUCGCCCAAAAGCUAAUCGCCGAGGUGGUGGGCACGUACUUCCUGAUAUUCGCCGGCUGCGGUGCGGCGGUGGUGAACAGUGACGAGAAGGGGGCGAUCAUCACCUUCCCCGGCGUCGCAAUCGUGUUUGGCCUCGUCGUCAUGGUCAUGGUUUACUCAGUCGGCCACGUAUCCGGGGCCCACUUCAACCCCGCCGUCACCAUCGCUUUCGCCACCUGCAAAAGGUUCCCCUGGAAACAGGCGCCGGCGUAUAUAUCGGCCCAAUUGAUUGGUUCAACGCUUGCCAGUGGAACCCUCCGGCUGAUAUUUCAGGGGAAGCAAGACCAUUUCGCCGGAACUCUUCCGUCGGGCUCAAACAUACAGUCCUUCGUGCUGGAAUUCGUAAUCACAUUCUGUCUCAUGUUUGUCAUAUCCGGUGUCGCCGCUGAUAACCGAGCUAUCGGAGAACUGGCCGGACUUGCAGUCGGAGCUACCGUUUUGUUUAAUGUGAUGUUUGCCGGGCCAAUAUCCGGAGCGUCAAUGAAUCCAGUGAGAAGUUUGGGGCCGGCGAUCGCGUCAAACAAGUACAAGGGCAUAUGGAUAUACAUAGUGGCUCCAAUCACAGGGGCCAUAGCAGGGGCUUGGGUCUACAACAUCAUCAGGUUCACAGACAAGCCAUUACGUGAAACCAUCAAGACCCGGGUCUUUCCUCUAGAGCUUCAGACGUAGUGGUUCCAAACUUGCAAAUGACAAACUUACUUAAGAAAAUAUGUAUGUAAUUUAAGGGUGGUAGUUAUCGACAGUUUUAAAUGUAUAUAGGCAAAUAACAUAUUUUAAACACUGAAUUUGUGGUUUCGAAGAGUGGGCUUUGCCUCUGUCCAAUUAAUCAUGUGCAAAUUAUUUUGUAGAAAAAGGAAUGUGGAGAGACCCUUUUUGAUGUUUU